AUUGUGCGUUGCUGCUAGCAGAGAGCUGAGCUCGGGGUCGUAGAAAAUAGAUCUCCAGUUCGUUUCGCCCUCAUUAUUUCUUUACUGUGUGCCAUAGGAGCUCUGCAACGUCGACAUUGGACUAUGACAACGGCCGAUCCUAGCGGAACUUUCUGAAUCGUCGUCUUCCGACGUCGUCGGGCCCUGCUGCAGCAUGAGCGGCAGCGGUGGCGACGCGGCCCCCAACGCCGGGGGCGCCCCCCCACCUUCGCUGCCGGCGGCCGCCAUGACGUCCUCGACCAGCUCCAACGCUGGAGGCGGCUCCUUGCGACCCCCGAGCAAGCUUCGACGUCCCACCACUCUGACAAGCACGGCGACAACGGCGGCGACCACGACGACCAACGCCACGGGUCCGUCGCCCAUGAGCAGCGGUGGGUCGGGCGCCAGGACCCCGCUGUCGGCGGCCUCUUCCAUGUCCGCCCUCAACGAUAAGUCCGAGACGGGCGGCCCGUUCAACCACGGUUCGGCGGACGACUUCAUCGUGGGCGACCGGGUGUGGGUGAACGGCACCCGUCCGGGCUACAUCCAGUUCCUGGGCGAGACGCAGUUCGCCGCGGGCGACUGGGCGGGCGUGGUGCUGGACGAGCCCGUGGGCAAGAACGACGGCUCGGUCAACGGCGUCCGCUACUUCCAGUGCGAGCCGCGGCGCGGGGUGUUCGCCAGGCCCGAGCGCCUGUCGCGCUUUCCGGGACCCGGCGCCAACGGAACCAACACCACCUCCACGCUCGUGGGACCCGGAAAGACGCAGGUGACUACCACAAGAGUGAGCUCCCCCACGGGAAGCACCCGGUCUUCACCUCGGGCGAUCACCAUGCACACGUCGACCACGACGACCGACUGUGGUCUGCGGGUUGGCGACCGCGUCAUAGUGAACGCCUCUUCGGGCAUGAAGGCCGGCACUCUGCGCUUCAUCGGACCGACGGAGUUCGCCACUGGGCAGUGGGCUGGCGUCGAGCUGGAUGACCCCGUUGGCAAGAAUGACGGAUCCGUCGCUGGAAAGAAGUACUUCAGGUGCCUGCCGCGGCACGGCCUGUUUGCGCCCUUGCACAAGGUGGCCCGCGAAGGUGGCCACACCUCGACCACUACGACAACGACCACGCGCACGACGCGCAUCACCUCGCAGCCUCGGCGUGCAGGUAGCCAAGAAUCUCUGCGCAGCUCCCUGAGCUCGGCCUCCGCCAGAGCCGGGGUAAGGCUGGGCGUCGCUGCACUAACCUCCCCUGCCAAGAAGUCUACUAAGCCACUCGCCUCACCCAUGGUAGCGUCACAGAACUCCCUACAGGUGGCUCUGAAAGAAAAGGAAGAACAUGUGGAGCAACUGCUUAAGGAGCGUGACCUCGAAAGGGCAGAGGUGGCCAGGGCAGCUGUACAAGUUGAAGAGUCGGAGCAGCAGUUGGCAGCUCUCCGCACGGAACACCAGUGCUACGUUGAGGAGAUGGAGAAGCGAGCUGCGUCUCUCCACCAGCUCUUGGAGGAGCAUGAGCAGGAGCGAGCACGACUCAAUGCGCUAAACUCAGACCUCCAAAGGAAAGUGGAAGACCUGCAGUUCCGCCUGGAAGAACAGGAAAUUUUGCAUUCAGACAAUGACACGGCAGCUACUGCACAAGCGGAGAAAGUUUCUCACCUUGAGAGGCAGCUGCAGGAGUACAAGGAUCAGCUGGAGGCAGCCAAACUUCAAUGCAGUGCCCAGGAUGAUGGAACGCGAGAGCUCAUGGUGCAGUACAAAAGUGAGGUGCAGAACUUGAAGGAAGCCCUGAGCCAAGCCGAAUCCAAGCUGGCUGCAUUUGAAGCUAAGCAGAUUGAAGACGGAUGCACAAUAGCCAAGCUGCGGGAAGACCUCAUCUCACGGGACGAGGCACUUCUUCGGCUAGAGGCCUCCCUAGAGCAGAAAUCCAAGGAACUGCUCGGUCUAAGGGACAAGGCAGUUGAGCUCGAGGAAAACCUGGAGGCUUUGAAGGAGAAGAAUGAGAACCAGCAGCAGGUCAUCGAAGAUCUGAACAGCAGGCUAGCAAAGAUUCAGACAGACUAUGACUUCUUGAGUGAGGAAUCCCAGAUAAUCAAAAGUGAUGCUGCGGACCAGCAGCGGCUAGUCUCCUCGCUGGAGGAGCAGUGCAAGCAGCUGCAGGCCCAGAAGCUUGCCUUGGAGGAAGAGCUGGGCACAGUCCGAUUGGCUGCCAGCGGAGGCUCCAGCCAGGUUGAAGAGCUCAACAGCCGGUUGCAGGAGAAGGAGAGGCUAGUGGAAAGCCUGGAGGCCCAGGUGCGCACCCUGUCUCAGGAAGGCGACAAGGCCCGGCAGGAGGUGGCCCAGCUCACCGAGAGGCACCAAGCCGCAGUCGAGCGCACCACGGCUGACCAUAACCAUGAGAUUGCCUCCUUGCAGCAAAGGCUGGCCGACCUGGAGGACAGAUUGGAGGAGCGGGUGCAGCAGUGCCGUACUCUGGAGAAGUCCAGCAAUGAGGCCCAGGUGAAGCUGGAGAGCCAGGUGCGGUCGUGGCAGGACAAGCUGGCUGCUGCAGAGCUACAGGCCCAAAGGCUCAGCCAGGAGCUUGAACAGACACGAGAACUUCUAGCCGAAGAGCGGCGUCUGCGUGACGCCCAGAGCCAGGACCUGGAUUCGGAGGCCUCCGAGCGUGAACGCCAGCUGGUAAAUGCACGGGCCGAGAUGGAACGUCUUAAGGCUGAGUUUGACACUCACCGCGAAGACCUUGCGCGUCAAAUCACGGAGACCAAAGAGAAAGAAGCCCAUGCUGUGGAAGAACUGCGGCGCGAAAUGGAAAGCCAGAUAGGCGUCGUCAACGAAUUGCGGCAGCUCCUCUCCAGGGCGGAAGAAGACAGGCAGACCCUGGCGGAACGCAACACACUGCUGGAGCAACAGCUGACACAGGCCAGUGCUGCGCAGCAGAAGGCUGAUGAUGGCAGUGCAGCAGAGAUCAAGGCACUCAAAAGCCAGCUCGAGAAUCUGCAAAAUAGGGAGCAGCAGCUUUCCCAGGCCAGGGAAGAACUGCGGACCAUGUUGGAGCAGGCCAAAGGCAGGGCAGAGGAGGACCAGCGCAAGUUCAGCCAGAUGUCGCAAGAGCUGUCUCAAUUGGAGUCAGAGCUGGAGCGUAACCGGUCGGUCCGAGAGCUGCUUCAGAAAGUGCAGGACGAGAAGCACCAGCUCGAAGCUAAGGUGGCCGAGCUGAAAGCUGCAGCGGCUGCUGCUUCAGCUGUCAAUGGCAAGGCAUCUGUUCCUGCAGCAGCCCCAACUGUCAGUGCUGCACGUUCAGCGGAUGGAGGGGGUGGAGACCUUGCCCUGAAAGAGGAAAGAGACAGUCUUCAGAUGCAGGUGGACUUCCUCAACUCUAUAAUCGUGGACAUGCAACGAAAGAACGAUGAUCUCAAGACACGUGUCGAGAUUCUAGAGGCGGGCCCUACUCUCGACGACAUCGACAUCAACCUUAACGGCAUCAAAGCUGCUGUGCCUCCGCGCUUGUUCUGCGACAUCUGUGACCGCUUCGACGUUCACGACACGGCUGACUGCCCCAUCCAGUGCAGCAUGGACGAAGAGAUGGUGACGCACAGUCACCAUGGCUCCCCUAGGCGCUCGAGUCGACCGUACUGCGACGUCUGCGAAAUGUUCGGGCACACGAGCACAGAGUGUGACCCUAGUGAAACCUUCUGAGUGUGACAUCUUGGACAUAGAACUGUUUAAGACUGUGGACUUGCCGAGACUUCUUCAAGCACGCAAACAGGUGUAACUGUCUCUGUGCAUGCGGUUCGAGAAUCAAGGCCACAAGGGUGAGUGUGGUAGUGUGGUUUGAUCACACCGGCGUUAGCGCAGAGAAUGUGGCUGUUAUAGUUGCCUUCUACGUGUGUAGCAGAUAGUUACUUGUUGCAUUCAAAACGUGUACAUCGACGUUGUUCUCAAUUAGCGCUCAGAAAUAUUGCUGUUAGGAAUUUUCACACUAGCAGUGCAAGAAAGAGCUUUUCGGGGUUUCUUUUAUGUUUUGUAUUUUAUUUUAUCCCUCUUUUUUUUCUAAACUUUGCCGUUAGACCAUGCACAAUUUUGAAACUUAGUGUUUGCUAGGUACACUGUUCCUCGAUGAGCAGUGUUGAGCUUAGUAAAACAUUUUAUGGGGCACUCACCAAACCCUCUAUUGUUGUAUAGAGAGUUGAAUGUGUGCGCACAACGAAUUUUGUAGUUUCUUUUGCCCUGUGUUCAUUUUUGUCACUAUGGCAUUGACAUUUCUUCUGUGAAUUCGUUUUUCCAACGAAUUGUAGGUUGGCGAGAUGUUUAUUAUGCGUGCGAGAGUUGUCCUCCUAUUCACUCUAGAUGGCGUCAUUACUUUUCAGGCUACUUAUGUAUAGCCACAUUGUAGAUACUGUAAACACACAUUGUUAGCUCGUUAUCUGAAGAAACUUUGGGUGAGCUUUAAAUGUUAAGCACCUCUUGUGAACUCUUACACAAGUACAGCAGUGUACGAGCCGCUUCCAUUAACGUGACGUUGAUAAGUAUGCCGAUUGUUUCGGUGCUGUGUACAGUUUAUAUAUAAAGGGGAAAAAAGUCGGAAUGGUGAAUCUGUUUAGUACGUUAGCAGAUGUUGUCCUCCUUGUGCAUAAUAAGAAGGCAUAGAGGUGCUCUUGCAUUAGAUUUUGUGGCACCAACACUUCUCACCGAGUACGUACACACAGCUAUGUUUGCAAGGUGUUCGCGGUGUUUACUGGGCAAGUGAAUAUCACCUCCUGCACGAAUCAACACACCUGUACUCGUGGAUUCUUCACCUACCACGUCGACCUAGAAGUGCGUGGGCAUCAGUGCCAAUGUUAAACUGUGGAUUAAACUGUCUUGCAGUGUUGAUAAAUAUCAGUUCACUUGUGCGACAAAUUCUGCUGCACUGAUUUUCCAAGUGCUGUGCUGCCGUCCAAAGUUGUUUUAUUGCUCUCAAACUAUCUUGCUGAUGUUACGAUGCUUACAGGCUUUUUCGCUGAUGACCACUUUGGCUACAAAACGUGGAAGACAGUGAAAAUGACAUCUGGCUAAUUGUUUCUUGUUACAGGGCAUACAGUUUGUAAAGUCAUGUUAGAAUUGUGGUCCAAUGCCUUCAAUGCCUCGUGAGAUGUCGUUGUGUUUAUAACAUUGUGUUAUGUUGAUUUUAAAAGCCAGUAUGGCUUGAGAAAAUAAUUCUUAUUUUCUAGCUAUACAACUUAGCUUCAUUUCAGUUCAAGUUAGCAACAGAAAAAAAUAUAUCAAUCGGGGUGGCUUUUCAAGUUUCAAAGCCAUGCAAUACGCAAGCUCAAAGACUGAUGUUCGAGACUGUUCCAUAUCACUGUCCACCGAAACGAUUCCUUAAACAACUUUUGGUAAUAUUUUGCGGACGCAUUUAACCCUACUGACAAAAGUAAAAGUGAGGUGCUAGUGUUUAGUUGUUUAAAUUUUUCUUUUUAAUAUUUUUAGUAGUUUUACUAUAAGCGUAUGCAUUGUAAUAACUAUGAAAAGACCCUUAUUACUGUUUGACCAUUAGCAACCAAAAGGAAAGUCCUAUAUUGAAGAAAAGUUUCAUUCUACAUAACAUUCUGGCUCAUUCUGUAGUGUUGUAAGACAGGACAUAUGCAUAUUGCAGCAAUUGGCAAGUUGGGCCAGAUGGAUUACGUUAAUAAUUGAAAAUUUGUUGAAGCACACCGAAAACCGACAGACAGGAGAGGCUGACAGCCUCUUCUGUUCAUGUGUUUUUUUGGUGUGCUUCAACAAAAUUUUUCAUUAUUAACUUAUGCAUAUUGUAGAAAAGUGUAGCAAUAGAUCCAAACUUGUAGUGAACAUGGAUAUAAGGAAAUACUGGUUAUUUCUACACCCUGUAGGAACAGAGCGUCACUCUCACUCUACUUUAAAACGGUGUAUCGUAAUUUAUAAGCACAAAAUAUAGAAAUACACAAUUCACAAUGUAUUCAUGUCCGUAAGUUGUAAUUUAGAUUGUGAUUUGCAGAAAGCAUCACAUAAGAAUCACCUGAACUAUGCAGUGCAGUGCUUUUAUAGUUUGGCUUGGGAUAAAGGAAUUUUUCUUUUUAACUUUUGAUUUGGAAAGUUUUGACUCCCUUGGAAGGUGCAGCGCUGUUUUUAUGUUGCUGCGCAGAAAAAGAAAAUACGAUUUCUGGUGUCAUGGCAGCUUUGAAAUUAUGGAGCUCAUCUCGUUCUUUUAGUCAGUUUCUAUUUUUCAUCGCUGUUUUCACUGUUCAGUCUUUUUGUCCUUGGAUUCUGCUUGCAUACAUCUGAACAUGCCCAUUUCUGUUUUGACAUGCUUUGGUUUGUUGGCCUUUUGUUCAGAUCAUGGGAGGAAAAGGCGUCCACUUUCAACAUACUAGUGCAGCUGCAGGCCACGCACAAAUCUUCGUAUGUUUAUUACAACGACCGUCCACACGCUAGUCCCUAUGGUGGCACUCAUGUUGUUUCGAAGAUGCCUUCCUGUUUACACAGGCACAAAAUGUGUUCUUGGAGUUAGACACAAGUUAUUUACCAGUUUAUCAUUUUGUUUUUGUACAGGCAUUAGAGAUAGGAAAGUCUAUGCACCGAC